CUACUGGCCCCAAACGAAUGACAAAGUCAAAACCUUACCCAGUCAUAACAAUUGUUAUCAAAUUCUUGUUUUUGAUAUUUUGUUGAUUUGUUUUUGUUUUUAAAUAAUUUUCUAAAGUGAAAAUUUAGUCUUUGAUACGAGUAUUUUGGCUCAACUGAGCUGAAAAACGUUUCUGCGAAAAUGGAUAUUAAGCAGCUCGAAAAGGAUGCAAAAACAACAGCUACUAAUUAUGUCAUUAAUAUGCUUCAAAGACCUGGCCAACUUGAAAAGGUUGAACAGUAUCACCGUAGAGUGACGAGAAAGAAAAUAUCUGUCGAAGCGAUGCUGAAGACGUCAAUUCAAAGUCAGUUGGAUGGAGUUUGUAUGGGCCUAGGGCAGCUACAGUUAGCUGUACAGGAAACGCAAGAAGUUCAGAACAAUUUAAGCACUGUCAAUUCCUUGUUAGUCGAUCUCCCCAAUCUUGUUAAAAGACUCCAGAGUGUCCGAGAAAAGAAUAAUCAAUAUUCACAGUAUGCUACUGCCAUGGAGAACCUCAAAAACUUAUUUUCCGUACCGGAAAGUGUGGAAAAGACAAAACAAUGGAUUAAUGAGGGCAAACUUCUCUACGCACACCAUAGUUUAAACGAUUUGGAAAAUUCUCGUGACGACUUGUUGUACGAACUGCACAAAGUACCGUCGCAGCAGUCGACUGACAGAUUAUUGCUGAAAGCUUCAUUCGAGGAUGUUGAAGCUGCAUCGCAGUAUCUUGAGAAACAACUCAGACUCGUGUUAUCAAGAACACUUUUGACUGUUAGAAAAGAGCCUAAUAUAAUUGUAACAGCUCUUAGGAUUAUUCGUAAGGAAGAAAAGAAGGAUGUAUUUGCACUACAGCGUCAAAAACAAAGCGGUUUUCUUCCUCCAGGACGGCCUAAACGAUGGAAGGACAUGGCUAUGCAAGUACUGGAACAGUCAGUGGCUCAGCGUAUUGAAGGCACAAACGUAGAAGACAGAGCUACGAAUAAAAUGUGGCUGGUCGUCCAUCUUGAGCUGACAAGACAGUUAAUAAUGGAGGACUUAAAAGUUGUAAAGACACUUUGUGAACCAUGCUUUCCGAAAGAUUAUGAUAUCGUGAAAAAAUUUGUUAUGAUGUACCACAAUUCACUUUCUAGACAUUUAGAGGAAAUAAUAAACAACGGACUGGAAGGAAAUGAGUAUGUCUCUCUAUUGUCUUGGGUUGUCAACACGUAUUUAGGGCCGGAAUUGAUGCAGCACCCCGACCUGAAUAUCAGUACCGAUUGGUUAGACCCUCUAUUGAGCAAGGCGACAAUCGACGAUCUAAAAUCAAGAUAUUUGAAGAAUAUGGAAGACAAUUACGUUGAAUGGAUGCAAAAGACACUCGAGACUGAACAGCAAGACUGGAGCAACUGCGUUCAGCCAGAAGGUGACCAAGAGGGACAUUUUCACACAGCUGCACCCGUUAUUAUUUUUCAAAUGAUAGACCAAAAUCUACAAGUGACCAAAACUAUAAGUGAUGAUUUAACAGACGAGGCGCUAGUAUUAAGUAUGAAGCAAGUGAAGCAGUAUGGCUAUUUGUAUCGUGAUGCGAUUAUUAAUUUUAAGACUCGCCACUUUGAAGAUCGUAGUCGGCUUCCAUAUUUCACACAUUACAUGAUCACCAUUGUGAACAACUGCAUGCUGUUUCUAGAACUUGCCCAGCAGUUAAAACAGCAUUAUUGGAGAACGACAGAUCUGAUGAAUAGGGAAUUGACUGUGGUAUUCUCAAACCUUUUGAAAACAUACCAGGAUUUAAGGGAUGAGGCUGCACAAUGGCUACUACAAGAAGCAUUCCUUGAUUUAGAAUUUCAUUUUAGAGAUUUAAUCACUACAAAAUGGAUGUCCAGUACCAUAUCAAUAGAUACUGUCUGCGUUACGUUGGAUGAUUAUUUUCAUGAUUAUAUCCAUUUGCGUGCAAAAAAUUUUGAAUAUGUUAUUAAAGAAGCCGAGAACUUGGUUACGAGAAGAUAUUUGGCAGCUCUGUUUUCAAAGAAGAUGAGCUUUAAAACGCACGAAGAAAGAAAAGCUGCUGGAGAGAAAAUUUUACAAGAAGUCAAUCAAUUGAAGGCGUUUUUCGUCCGAAUCGCUCCGAAAGUCGCCAGCAAGGUGGAUUCUCCAUUUGAGGCUAUUUGUUCACUAGCUGAAAUUUUAAAAGUCGAAGACAAAGACAUAUCAUCUUUCCUCCUUCAUGCUUUGGUCAGAAAAUACCCCGACAUCAAGGAGGAUCACCUGGUAAAAUUUCUAAAUCUGAGAGGUGAUUUGCAAAGGUCGGAAAUAAGAGACAUUGUCAAUGAUCUCAACGAAAGUAAAACAGGUGCGAGGGCAUCAUUUACCAAAAGUAUUUUUCAUGACGUACCCUGAUUAUAAUUACAAUAUAAAUACUAAAAAUGUGUAAUGAAAAUAUAUUUAAUUUAUUGUAACCAUGCUAUUGUAAUAUAUUUAAACGUGUUUUACAGUUGAAUGAAGGAAAACAAUUGAUAUACUCUUCCUUCACCUGAAUUAUAUAUUUUUUAUGAAAUGUUUUGAAAUAAUAUAUUUUUGAAAAAUUG